GAGGAGGGGAGAAAAGUGUGCUGGGCUCCAGCGAGGAGGACGCAGACCGAAACCACUUCCAUCCAGACUUCGCGUGUUUCUCUGGAGUUUAAAAGAAACCCCACUUACCAAAAGGCACUUUUGAGUCGUGCACUAUUUUUUUGUGAUUAUUUUUUUUGGAGGGGAUCGAAACAAUAAGUUGAGUGUGAACAGCGGACGAAGUUUUAUAUAUUUGUUUCAAACACAAGAGGAACACCCCGGGAGGAAUGUAUGCAACUCGGGCCGCCGCCGCCGCCGUGUCGAGCCAGCAGCGGCUCUGGAGAUGUCCAGCCUGCGCUCUCUGGAUCGCCCUGCUCCUCCAAAGUGUCCCGGACCUGAGCGCGUCUGGGUCUGAGUUUCCCCAAGACCCCAGUGUGAUAGCUGCCACCUCGUGGAACAGCUCUAGUGAUGGGUCAUCCUUCAUCCGCCUCGAAGAGCCCAUGAACAACAUCACCACCUCCCUGGGCCACACGGCCGAGCUGUUUUGCCGCGUGGCCGGCGACCCGCCGCCCGCCGUGCGCUGGCUGAAGAACGACGCCCCCGUGGUGCAAGAGCCGCGGCGGAUCUCGUACCGAUCCACGCCGUACGGAUCGCGCCUCCGCAUCCGCAACCUGGACACCACCGACACGGGCUACUUCCAGUGCGUGGCCACCAACGCCCAGGGUACCGUGUCCACGACCGGCGUGCUCUUCGUCAAAUUCGAUCCACUCCCUACACUUCUGGCAGGAAGGCCAACGGAGGACUUCGACGAAGAAGGGUUCUGCCAGCCGUACCGAGGCAUCGCCUGCGCCCGCUUCAUCGGCAACCGCAGCAUCUUCGUGGACUCGUUUCAGAUGCAGGGCGAGAUCGAGACCCAGAUCACAGCGGCGUUCACCAUGAUCGGGACGUCCAACCACCUUUCCGACCGCUGCUCCCAGUUCGCCAUCCCGUCCCUCUGCCACUUCGCCUUCCCGACGUGCGACCGCAGCUCCGGCGCCGAAAAGCCGCGCGACCUGUGCAGGGACGAGUGCGAGAUCCUGGAGAACGACCUGUGCAAGACGGAGUACAUCAUCGCCCGCUCCAACCCGCUCAUCCUCAAGAGGCUCAAGCUGCCCAACUGCGAGGACCUGGCGGCCUUCGAGAGCCCGGAGGCGGCCAACUGUCUGCGGAUCGGCAUCCCCAUGGCCGAGCCCAUCAACAAGAAUCACAGGUGCUACAACAACAGCGGGUCGGACUUCAGAGGGACGGUCAGCGUGACCAAGUCGGGCCGCCAGUGUCAGCCGUGGAACUCCCAGUACCCUCACAGCCACACCUACCUCGCCAUCCGCUACGUCGAGCUCAACGGGGGCCACUCGUACUGCCGCAACCCGGGCAACAAGCUGGAGGCCCCCUGGUGCUUCACGCUGGACGAGGGGGUCCGCAUGGAGCUCUGUGACAUACCCGUGUGUGACCACAAGGACAAGUCGGGCGGCGGCAACAUGGAGAUCCUCUACAUCCUGGUCCCCAGCGUGGCGAUCCCAUUGGCCAUCGCCCUGCUCUUCUUCUUCAUCUGUGUGUGCCGCAACAACCAGAAGUCGCCGACGCCUCCGGCGCCGCGGCAGCCCAAACCGGUCCGGGGUCAGAACGUGGAGAUGUCCAUGCUGACCACGGCCUACAAGCCAAAGAGUAAAGCCAAAGAGCUUCCCCUGUCCGCCGUGCGCUUCAUGGAGGAGCUCGGCGAGUGCAUGCUGGGGAAGAUCUUCAAGGGCCACCUGUAUCUGCCGGGGAUGGACCAGGCCCAGCUGGUGGCCAUCAAGACCCUGAAGGACAUCUCCAAUGUCCAACUGUGGGCCGAAUUCCAGCAGGAGACGGCGGUGCUCACCGAGCUGCAGCACCCCAACGUGGUGUGCCUGCUGGGCGUGGUGGUCCAGGAGCAGCCCGUCUGCAUGCUGUUUGAGUUCCUGCCCCUCGGCGACCUCCACGAGUUCCUCAUCAUGCGCUCGCCGCACUCCGACGUCGGCUGCAGCAGCGACGAGGACAGCACGGUGAAGUCCAGCCUGGACCACGGAGACUUCCUGCACAUGUCCAUCCAGGUGGCGGCUGGGAUGGAGUACCUGGGCAGCCACUUCUACUCCCACAAAGACCUCGCGGCCCGGAACAUUUUAGUGGGCGAGCAGCUCCACGUCAAGAUCUCGGACCUCGGUCUCUCCAGAGCCAUCUACUCCUCGGACUACUACUGCCUGCAUCCCAAAACGCUGCUGCCCAUCCGCUGGAUGCCGCCGGAGGCCAUCGCGUACGGCAAGUUCAGCACGGACUCGGACAUCUGGUCGUUCGGCGUGGUGCUGUGGGAGAUCUUCAGCUACGGGCUGCAGCCCUACUACGGCUUCUCCAACCAGGAGGUGAUGGAGAUGGUGAGGAAGAGGCAGCUGCUGCCCUGCCCCGAGGACUGUCCGCCCAGGUUUUACGGCCUGAUGACCGAGUGCUGGCAGGAGGGGCCGACGCGCCGCACGCGCUUCAAGGACAUCCACCUCCGGCUGCGGGCCUGGGAGGGCCUGUCAUCCCACGCCAGCUCCAGCACGCCCUCCGGCGGAGGGGGAGGCGGCAACGCCACCACCCAGACCACCUCGCUGAGCGCCAGCCCCGUGAGCAACCUCAGCGACCCCCGCUACGCCGCCGCGGCCGCCGCCGCCGCGGGGUACCUCUACCCGGCGCAGGCCCUCCCCUCCCAGGGCCAGAUGGCGCCCAUGCAGGCCUGGGCCCCCAUGGCGGUGACGCAAACCCACCAGCGCUUCAUCCCCGUCAACGGGUACCCGAUCCCGCCGGGUUACGCCGCCUUCCCGGCCCACUACCCCGGCGGCCCGGUGCCGGCGCCGACCCGAGUCGUCCAGCACCACCACCACCUGCCGCCCCCCAAGAGCCGCUCGCCGAGCAGCGCCAGCGGCUCCACCAGCACGGGCCACGUCAGCGGCGUGCCGUCCACCGCGGGCUCCAACCACGACGCCAACACGCCGCUGCUCUCCCACUGCGUCGUGCCCGGCAACAGCGGCGGGCUGAUCCAGGUGUACGGACAGGUGUGCCAGAAGGGGGCGGGGCAACUGGACCACGCGUCGCACAAGGCGCUGCUCGCCGCCGACUCCGCCGCGCUCAUGUACAACGACUCGGUGAUCACCGUGGACCUGUAGGCGGGCGGAGGGGACGCUCGCUCUCUUUUCGGCCACGUAGGAGGAGCCUAGCCUCUGAACCCGGGGCCCGGUCUCGCGGUUCUGCUCCAGGAGAACCGACAGAACCAGAACCAGAACGCGAUGAGUGUGCAGGAGACGCACAACUAUACCCACAGCUGUCUGACUUUUUUGUAAUGCCUUUUAUUGUUUUAAAAGCAUGUCGUGUUCUUGUUGUAAUCACCUCUCGUGUAAAUACGGUACAUAUACGUCCUGGAAGAACGAACACAAAGAUUUAUAUUCAAGAAGAACUUUUUUUUUUUAAGUGAAAAAAGUAUCAAAUCCAUCCGACUUCCUGAGAAAAUGGUACCGUGACCUUCAGGCGUCCUUCAUGUUACCUUUUUCGUGACCUUUUGCGGUCACUUUCAUGUAAACUUUUAGGUGACCUUCAUGUGACCUUUUAGGCAACCUUCAGAUAACCUUCAUGUGACCUUUUAGGUAAACUUUUAGGUGGCCUUCAGGUGACCCUUCAUGUGACCUUUUAGGUGACCUUCAUGUGACCUUUUAGGUGACUUCAUGUGACUUUUCAGGUGACUUCAUGUGACAUUUUAGGUGACCUUUUAGGUGACCUUCAUGUGACCUUUCAUGUGAUCUUCAGGUGACCUUCAUGUGACCUUUUAGGUGACUUCAUGUGACUUUUCAGGUGACAUUUUCAGUGACCUUCAGGUGACCUUCAGGUGUGACUCGCUUGUUUCUAUGAGAAACAGAAAUGUGCGUUUGCUUUGAGCGAUAAACCGAGCGACAAAAAUAAAAAUGGGACCUUCAGGUGUCCUUCAUGUUACCUUUUAGAUGACCGUUUAGGAGACCUUCAUGUGACCUUUCAGGUGACCUUCAGGUGUCCUUCAUGUUACCUUUUAGGUGGUUUUCCUCCACCGGAAUACAGACAGGAGACGACUGUGUGAGGGCUGGACCUCUGACCAACAGGUACAGGUGACGACGUCGGCUCAGAGGCAUUUCACACACAAUCAUUUUGGGAAAUGACACCUGAAUGUUUUUUCGCGGCUCCUCAAGAAGACUUUCCUGACGCUAUUCAACAUGGACGCCGGCCUCUCGGCCUUUAAGAAGUCGAUACACAACAAGAAACAAGGAAACGGGGUGGCGCCCCCUACAGGUGAACACCACGUCCUCCACAGACGACCUGGACCCGCCUCGUGAGGGGGCGGGGCUACAUGGACUCCCUGGUGUCGAUCACAUGUCACCCUCACAAAAGAACAGCUUUUAUUGUAAAUUGAGUUUGGAGUAAAACAAAUAAAUGAUGGGGGAAGAUGUUCCCAGGAUUUGAA